GCACGAACGAACCUUAUGUUGCCUGAUAGAAGCACAGUUCUAUACUGUAAUUAUGAUCUAUGUAGGUCUAUGCUAGAAUUUCACAGAAAGGCAUUAAUUUAACCUAUGAAAAUACAUAUGUUUCACUGUAAUCCUUUCUUCUGUAUUUAUUUUUUGAAAUAGUGAAACAAAAUCCUCGUUAUAAGGUGAACAAAUACUAUGGAAAAAGAAGAAAUUUGUCAAUUUUUCAAUGGAAUUAUCAGAGAUGAAAAAAAUGUUUCUGCAGGAAUGGCAGCAAUUAGAACACUGUUGAAAGUGUUAGAGCAUGCAAAAUCAGAGACAGUUCAGGAACUUAGGUACUGCCUUCAAAAUGCAGUUGAUGCAAUGAGAUCUACAGAUCAUCCUGUAACUGCAAUUGCAUCUGGUAGUGAACUAUUUCUUAGGUUCAUUACAUUGGCUACAUUAGACACUCCAUCUUUUGCAGAAUGUAAAGGAAUCAUGAUCUACAGAGGAAAAGUCUUUUAUGAAAAAUUAGUAGCAGCUAGAGGUAAAGUUGCAAGAGUGGCUGCAAAUUUUAUUAAUGAUGGAUCAAAAAUUUUAACCCAUUCAAAGUCAAGAGUUGUUUUGCAAGCAAUGAAGGAGGCUGUUGCAAACAAGAAAAUAUUUGAAGUUUAUGUUACGGCAUCUUCACCUGAUAACAGUGGAGAGAUAAUGUGCCAAGAUUUACAACAAUUGGGUGUUUCCUGUACACUGAUACUUGAUUCUGCAAUGGGUUAUAUGAUGGAACAAGUUGAUAUGGUAAUGGUAGGAGCUGAAGGUGUUGUAGAAAGUGGUGGUGUAAUUAAUAAGAUUGGAACAUAUACUAUGGCAAUGUGUGCCAAGGAAGUGAAGAAACCUUUUUACGUUUUAACAGAAAGUUUUAAAUUCUCAAGAAUAUACCCGUUAAAUCAAGUUGACCUUCCAAACGAGUUUAAGUACACUGCCAGUACGUUACUAAAAAAAGAUCUACGAAAAGAACAUCCUUUAGUCGAUUACACACCACCGCAUUAUAUUAAUUUGUUAUUUACUGAUUUAGGAAUAUUAACACCUUCAGCCGUCAGUGACGAGCUCAUCCAGCUUUAUUUAUGAAAUCAAUUUUUCACAUAUAUUUGUACGUACAAUAUCCAUGUCAUUUUCUACGUCAUUACAUUUGUUAAGUAAUAAAAGGAAAAUGUGCACAACUGAAAUAGAACAUCAGUACCAUAAUCUA